AUGAACGGCGCUCAAUUCACAGACCGGGCCAACAAGGCCUUGCUGGACUCCAACAGUCUGGCCGAGCAAUACGCCCACUCCCAAAUUCUACCCCUCCACCUCGCAGUUGCCCUCCUCAACCCUUCUGGAGAUGAUGCCGAAGAUCGCCAGCCUGCUGGGCACUCCUCACAUGACUCUGCCUCUACACCUCUCUUCCGCCAGGUCGUCGAGAGGGCCCACGGCGAUCCCCAACUGCUUGAUCGGGCACUGAUGAAGCUUCUCGUUCGGCUGCCCAGUCAAGACCCCCCGCCAGAAUCAGUCAGCGUCUCUCCAGCACUCGCAAAAGUUAUCCGACAGGCUACGGACCUGUCGAAAACCCAGAAAGACAGCUAUGUGGCUAUCGAUCAUCUGAUUCAGGCCGUGUGCCAGGACUCUCAAGUCCAACGUGCUUUGGGCGAUUCAAACAUCCCCAAGGUCAACCUCAUCGACAAUGCCGUCCAGCAAAUUCGGGGUACACGUCGUGUGGACUCCAAGACGGCGGACGCGGAAAGCGAAAAUGAGAACCUGAAGAAGUUUACCAUCGACAUGACUUCUUUGGCACGUGAGGGCAAGAUUGACCCCGUAAUUGGACGAGAGGAAGAAAUCCGCCGUGUGAUCCGUAUCUUGAGUCGGCGCACCAAGAAUAACCCUGUCCUCAUUGGCGAGCCCGGUGUUGGUAAGACCACUAUCGUCGAAGGUCUGGCUCGCCGGAUCGUCAAUGCUGAUAUCCCCGCCAACCUGGCUCAAUGCCGACUGCUCUCUCUCGAUGUGGGCUCUCUCGUUGCUGGUAGCAAGUACCGUGGAGAGUUUGAGGAGCGCAUGAAGGGCGUGUUGAAGGAAAUUGAGGACUCCAAGGAUACCAUUGUCCUGUUUGUCGAUGAGAUCCACCUUCUUAUGGGAGCUGGAUCCAGCGGCGAGGGCGGCAUGGAUGCUGCCAACCUCCUCAAGCCUAUGCUGGCGAGAGGCCAGCUGCACUGCAUUGGUGCCACCACCCUUGGCGAAUACCGCAAGUAUAUCGAGAAGGAUCAGGCCUUCGAGCGACGAUUCCAGCAAGUCCUGGUCAAGGAGCCCUCGGUUCCAGAGACCAUCUCCAUUCUUCGUGGCCUGAAGGAAAAGUACGAAGUGCACCACGGUGUCAAUAUCCUCGACGGUGCCAUAGUCUCUGCGGCCAACCUUGCGUCUCGCUACUUGACGGCUCGCCGCCUGCCCGACUCGGCUGUUGACCUGAUCGAUGAAGCUGCCGCUGCCGUUCGAGUCACCCGCGAGUCCGAGCCUGAAGCUCUCGAUACCCUGGAGCGAAGACUGCGCCAACUCCAAAUUGAGAUCCAUGCCCUGGAGCGUGAGCAAGACGAAGCUUCCAAGGCCCGUCUCGAAGUCGCCAAGCAAGAGGCAGCCAACGUCACGGAGGAGCUUCGGCCGAUGCGUGAAAAGUACGAAAGCGAAAAGCAGCGCAGCAAGGAAGUCCAAGACGCCAAGAUCAAGCUUGACUCUCUUAAAGUUAAGCGUGACGAGGCCGAGCGCAUGGGCGAUACCCAGACCGCUGCUGAUAUCGAAUACUAUGCCAUUCCCGAGACCAAGGCUCUUAUCGAGCGCCUCGAGGCUGACCGGGCCAAGGCUGAUGCCGAGCGUCGUGCCACGAACACUGAUGGCGGCGAGGCCCUGCUGGCAGAUGCCGUCGGUCCUGAGCAGAUCAACGAGAUCGUUGCCCGCUGGACCGGUAUUCCUGUCACCCGUCUCAAGACUACUGAGAAGGACAAGCUGCUCAACAUGGAGAAGCAUCUGGGCAAGAUCGUGAUUGGCCAGAAGGAGGCUGUUACUUCUGUCUCCAACGCCAUCCGACUGCAACGCUCCGGUCUUAGCAACCCCAAUUCGCCCCCCAGCUUCCUCUUCUGCGGUCCAUCCGGUACCGGUAAGACACUGCUUACCAAGGCCCUGGCUGAAUUCCUCUUCGACGACCCCAAGGCAAUGAUCCGCUUCGACAUGUCCGAGUACCAAGAACGACAUUCCCUCAGUCGCAUGAUCGGUGCACCACCCGGCUACGUCGGCCACGACGCCGGCGGCCAGCUAACCGAGAGCCUUCGCCGCCGCCCGUUCUCCAUCUUGCUCUUCGACGAGGUGGAGAAGGCCGCCAAGGAAGUACUCACUGUCCUUCUGCAACUCAUGGACGACGGUCGCAUCACCGACGGCCAAGGCCGCAUUGUCGACGCGAGGAACUGCAUCGUCGUCAUGACCUCCAAUCUGGGCGCCGAAUUCCUCGCCCGUCCCUCGGGCAUGGACGGACGCAUCGAGCCCCAGACCCGCGAGCUGGUCAUGGGUGCGCUCCGCGACUACUUCCUGCCCGAGUUCCUCAACCGUAUCUCCAGCACCGUCAUUUUCAACCGCCUUACCAAGAAGGAGAUUCGCAAGAUCGUCGACCUCCGCCUCGCCGAGGUCCAGAAGCGGCUUUACGCCAACGACCGCAACGUCACCAUUGAAUGUACCGAAGAAGUCAAAGACUAUCUCGGCGCUGCAGGCUACUCUCCUGCCUAUGGUGCCCGUCCUCUCGGCCGUCUUAUCGAGCGCGAGGUUCUCAACCGCCUCGCUGUUCUCAUCCUGCGCGGCAGCAUCAAGGACGGCGAAACCGCUCGCGUGGUCAUGCUGGACGGCCGCAUCGAUGUUCUCCCCAACCACGAGAACAGCGACAGUAGUGAUGAGGACGACGAGGAUAUGAUGGACUCUGACGAAGCCCUCGCAGAGAUGGAAGAUAACAGUGGCGACAUGGAUCUCUACGAAGAGUAA